GUUGAAUGAUAGACAAGGAUAGCAAUACCCAUUGCUUAUUAAACACUGCCAUUAGUGGACCUCACUAUAGGUCUAUUUUUGAUACGCCUCUUGCGUCAAUGUUUGCAACAAACAAGUCGGCUCUUGAAGACAAAGACAAAGUCAGUGCUGCUACAGUUUUGAAGCCGUGACAUCUGUGAUCCUGAGCAGCAGUUGAGACGUCUAUCUCCAGUCUGUCGUUCUGCAGCCUCCGGCCAUUUUCACUGCACAUCACCGUUAACUAGUUGAAGAAUGGAUAAUUUCCACUUAAUUGUUGUUUACUUCAUCAGUCUCUGCAUUAUUGGUAUUGAAGGAGAGGAUUGGGGGAACUGGUACGAAAAUUAUUAUCCACCCCCACCUCAGUCUCCUGGAGCUGGGAACCCAGCACCGCAACAAGCAUGGCAACCAGCACCGCAACAAGCAUGGCAAUCAGCACCGCAACAAGCAUGGCAACCAGCACCGCAACAAGCAUGGCAAUCAGCACCGCAACAAGCACCACCCAUGCCCACCUAUACAGCCCCUCCAACAUACCAAAAAAGACCAGCAUCACCAUCAGGCCCAUCGUCUGCGCCAAAACGACUAUAUACAGGAGCGCCGUCAUCCUGUACUUCCUCAUCUGUCAAUACAAUCGUUGAAUUAUUCAAUAUAAUGGACAAUGACAGAGAUGGUUUUAUCUGCGCCCAAAAUUAUGGGACCAUACGCAACAGUGAACUAUAUAAAAAUCCAGCAGUACAAAAAAAAUUGGAUGGAUUCUUCUUGGACAAGAAAGAUAGAAAAGUUAAAAAAAAGACAAAAGUUGGAUCUCAAAAAUUUGGAUCGCUCCAAGUCGAUCUUAUUAAAAUGAAUGGAGGAAAUCCGUACUCACAACAAGACCUUUAUAAUAAUUUUGGAAUCUGGAGCAAAGGGGCAAAAAUAAUAAUAAACGCAUGCCGAGAAACACCAAAUCAAAUAAGCAUUACAGCUGGAGAUUUGGCAGAAUUUUUUCGAGGAGAACGAGGAAAAAUACACUUCUUUUAAUGAACGCUCUUCCCCGUCUGCUGUUUAGAGCUUUUUAGUGUUAAUGUUUUGUCAUCUCACUUUCCUACUGGGUUCAAUUUCUUGUACAUGUCUUCUCACGGGAGUAACAGCUGAAUCUAUUAUACAUAGGUAAUGAAAUAACCCAUGAAAUCACAUCUCCUUCCCAGAGGGAAGCCAGCAAUAGCAAAUCUCUACAGGAAAAAUUGAAAGUACAGCAAUGACUAAUAAUGUAUUUUUUGCACUGUAAUAGCAUUGUUAUUUUUGAAUAUGCAUCCCAUUACCCAGAUUCCAGUACAUCUUUUUAUCGCAUUUACUCUUCAGUAUAAUUUGCAAUAUAAAUAAAUUUUUUAUGAAAAAUAAAAAAUUUUUUUUUCUUUUUUUUUUAUUUGAACAAAAAACGAUAAGUGAGUUACAAAGAUACACAAUAUUAUAAUUAGUUUUUUUGUAAGGUUAUCUAGUGCAACAGAACAGCUUAGAAAUUAUCAAUCAAAUAAAUAAAUAAAUAAAUCAGAUAAAACCCUCAUUAUAAGCAAACAAGCUCUCGGUGACUAAGAACUCGGUGACUGGUGGAUUCCAUCCACAGUCUUUUUUUUUAAUUUUAAACUUCAAUUAAGAUUAUUAAUGAAAUUUUUACAAAAAUAAAUAUUUAAAAUUAAUUAAUAGAUGAAGGUCAAUACCGGUAUUUAAAAUACCGUAUUGAAAAAAUCAAAUUAGUUGAAUUAGUAACUUAUCAAUUAUCAAUAAAUACUUGUAUUAUAUUAAAAAAAUAUAUUCUCAAUUAUUUCAAACCAGCAGGUAGGAGAGACGUUGGAAGACCAAGGAAAAGGUGGUCUCGAAACUAAGCACGAUUCUAAAGAUAAAUUAUUAUAAUUAUAAUUUUGAUAAAUUACGAUUUUCAAGACCAGAACAGGCAAUUAUGCCUAAAAGUCAGUAGAAGAAAAAUAUAUCCAAUUAUAUAUUAUUGAUAUUAAUAAUUGUUUUGAAGAAUUAAUUGGUUGAUAUAAGUUAUUUCUCACUCUUCACUUUCAACUGAUCACUGAGGGAAAAAAUUAAUGUGCUUUCGGUGUCACUUUGCGCUCUAGUUACCCGAAUAAUUAUUAUGAUGAGUUAUAAUAUUAUUAUACUUAUCCUAUUUUCCUGUAGUAGAGAAUUUGAAAAAAAUGUGAUUUCAUUGGUUAUAAUAAUAUAUAUAAUGUUUCGUUUUUAUCUCAGAAAAUUGAGGGGAAUUCGUUUAAAAUGACAUACUAUUUUGAUUUUACAUAAAAUUCUUUAUAAAUACAAUUCCAACACAGUUUCAUUUGUAAAUUGUUCUAUAUUAUAAUGAAAGAAAGAAUUGGCUUAUACACGUACGGGAUAGGAAAUUCAUGAGUAACGCAUCAGCACGUCUAAACUACUGGACUGAUUCACUUGAAAUUUUGCAUUUAGAUUUUCAAUUUACCAAGCGUGGGCGUACAAAGAAAAUGCACCAAGUCCACUUUUUCCAAACUUUGACUUUUUAUUACGGUAGUUUUUAAUUAAUUCUAUAAACUACUAGCCAUCAGGCUCGCUUCGCUCGCCUGCAUUUUUCAUUUGAGCAUUUUUAUCAUAUGUUAGGACGAUCCAGUCGGGGGGUCCAGACUAAAUGGAUAUGGCGAGCGAAGCGAGCCUAAUGGCUAGUAAUAUAAUAUUCCCAGGUAUAGCUCUGAUUGAAGUAGCAGUGCCCAAUCAAUUUUUCCGCGAUAAAUGCAUUUCAAUCUUCAACUUGGUGCCAACCUAACAAAGUCAACUCAACUUAAUGCCAACCUGACAAAAUUAUUAAUUUAGUUACCAGUUAACAACUGUUUCGAAGAGGUACUCUCUCUAGAUUAUAGUUCUAUAUUAACAUAUGGACAUUUUUCAAUUAUAAUUAAGAGAAUAAGAAGAAGAAUAUACAUGCUAAAAGACGAACUUUAAACCCUUAAAAACCACCCUUAGAGUUAAAAUAUUGCCAAAAGAUUUCUUAGUGCGCCUCUAAAGGGCCAACUGAACAUACCUACCAAAUUUGAACGUUUUUGGUCCGGUAUAUUUUUAGCUCUGCGAGUGAGUGAGUGAGUCAGUCAGUCAGUGAGUGAGUGCCAUUUCGCUUUUAUAUAUAUAGAUGAAUGUUAAAUACGGUAAUUAAUUAUCAAACAAAAAUAAAGAAUAUUUAAUUUCUUGCAUUAUGAAAUUAUUUUUUGAAAAAUCACUAAAAGGAAAUUAUGAUUGAUGUAAGAAAUUAAAAAUUGAUUUCAUGAAAAUGUCACUUUUAUGGACUUGAUGGAUUUUCCUUGUAUGCCCACGCAAGGAUGGUUAUAGGCCUAUUUUGAAUUCUCAAGAUUUCAGAAAGUCAAGUUUUCAGUUUGCCACGUUUUCAAUUAGACCCUUGCGCAGCACUACAUAAUAUAGUUAUUAAACAAUUAUCAGUGUUUUUACUAUCUUCAAUAAUAUUGUAUCUCUCACUCUCUCUUUUAAAUUUUUGAAAAUGUCUGCAACUAUAUCAUUUUAGAUGGAUAUGGGAGUUAAAUGAAAUACCUCUUUUAUACUCUGGUAAGCUCAUAAAUUGUGUGUAAGUAUAAUUUUUGAAAAAUUCACAUAUAUUUUUAUUGAUACAUGAACUGUAAGGUAAUAUUAAAUAAUAAUGGUUAAGUCAAAGUAUUUGUUAAUAAUUGUGUUAUUUGGGCAGUUCAUAAACGAAUAUUUUCGCUUUUUCCAUAUUCCAAUAAAUAUUUAGUGUUUGAAUAUUGUUGUUGUUAUAGUUUUCUAAUGUUCAUUGGAAUUAUCUGAGUCUUAUAAGAAUUUAUUGUUUGUUAUAUUUUAAUAGAUUCACCUUUGAAAUAGUUGUUAGUUAGAGAGGUGAAUUUGAUGUUUGUUUGAAAUGAAAUAAAUUGAAAUAAUUAUCA